UCCGGUUCCUCCGCCAUCACCAACUCUUUUCUAUCAUCAUAAUUACCGUCUACUCGUUGCAUCUCUCAUCCCAUCAUUUAUACCUUUCUGUUACCCGAAAAACUACUCUGGUUAAUGGCCAAAUCGUCCCUGCCCUACUAGUUACUGGGGACGGGUGCCAAUUCAAUAAAAGAGGAAGAAGAAGUAUAUUUGCGUAUAUUGCGGCAUGCGGAUCAGCUGUUCGCCAGAUGAUUGUGGAUGAGCGUCGCGAGCACGUGAUCGCUCGGAAUUACUUGCAAGAAUUGUUAAUUGUCAUUGUUAAUUAUCAUUGUUAACUGUGAAUCAUUUCCGCACGGAACGGCAUUAAUGCACAACGUCAUGAAGUCGUUCCGCGAGGUCCUUGCGAACGCUAGCAACAUCCUGAUCCUGACCGGCAGCGGGAUCUCCGCGGAGUCCGGAGUGCCGACCUUCCGGGGUGCCGGUGGGUUUUGGCGUAAAUACCAGGCGCAAAGCCUCGCGACGCCCGAGGCCUUCGCUGCGAACCCCUCGCUGGUCUGGGAGUUCUACGAGUACCGCAGGCAGGUGGUCAACAAGGUCAAGCCGAACAAGGCGCACGAGGCUGUGGCAGACUUUCAGAAACGCAAAUUAGCGGAAGGUAAACGGGUUUCGAUCGUCACGCAGAACAUAGACGGUUUGCACCAAAGAGCUGGGGCAACGGAUGUGCUGGAGCUGCACGGUUCGCUUUACAGAACACGCUGCACUAAAUGCCACAACAUUGUUGUCAAUGAGAAUAUUCCCAUCUGCCCAGCGCUGGCAGGAAAAGGAUCUCCCGACCCGGCCAUCAUGUCUUCCGAUAUCCCAAAAGAAGAAUUGCCGCGCUGUGAAAUCAGAGGUUGUGGAGCACUGUUGCGACCUGACAUCGUAUGGUUUGGGGAACAGUUGGAUUCAAAUGUGUUAGAGAAAGCACAUGAAAUUGUGGAAACAUGCGACGCUUGCCUGGUCAUCGGGACAUCGGCGAUCGUAUAUCCAGCUGCUAUGUUCGCACCGCAAGUAGCGCAACGUAAUGUACCGGUCGCCGAGUUCAAUAUAGAGGAAACGCCAGCCACAAAACAAGUGCAAUACCACUUCCAAGGUCCCGCUUCUAUCACUGUGACGGAAGCAUUGGCGCCUUAAAAGGAAUUAUCUCGAUAAGACGUUUCGCGGCUUCGAGGGAUGUUAUCAAGUGACGGACUUCAAUCAGACGACGUGUGUCGAGGACCGGGUCGAAGGGCCGUCCGGAGCGAACGUUCCACGAGAUGUCUCGCAAAUUCAGCAUCAUUAGGGCAUUAUUGAUCGCACUACGUAACGUCAUCUUGAACAUCAUGAACCGUACUCUCGCUUCUUCAUCGCAUGAAAGUACAACUUUGCGUAUUGAAAACAAUGGUGAAUGCGUAUUGAGCAGAUUGUAUUAUACAAAAGCUUCCAUCUUACCCUUUUAAUUCUUUUCCCUACGAUGCUGGACUCGUGGAACAUCCAUGCAUGUACGUGACCGUAUAGAGAACUCCCUGCGUCUCCUUUCAGGCCCCGCGUGAGUCCUCCGACAGUACAAUCAUUCUCGUCAAGAGAGAGAUUACUCGCACCCAAAGUUUCGUUUCAAGCUUCGGAGCUUUAACUGAAGCGUCGUCUCCGCCCUUCUCUCAUUUUUUUUUCCCUUUCUCUUCGUUCCGAUCGGACCUUCCUGUGUCGCACAGCGACGCGGAAGCCCUACACGAUAUUCACAGAAUAAGAUACACGUAUAUAAGUAGAUACACAUCGUGCCUCUCGACACGUCGGUCGAUACUAAAUCGUAAAUCUGUUUGUAACACGCAGAAAAAGUGUCGUGGAGCCUUCUCGGUUUUUUAAGAUACCUAUUGACCGGGUUUUUAAGCUCAUUCCCUCUCCUCCCGAUAAUCACGCCUCUUUACGCGCAAACAAGCGGCUUAUAUAGCUUCUCUCUCGUCUCAUCUUCGAACUAUCGUCAACUCGGAAUAUUUGCAUUGUUCGGGUCUUAACUUCUACUUACAUGAUAUACACUAUUGUUUCUCGCGAAUGCAACGAAUUGGGUAAACACGAAGUUUCACCGUUCGAGAUAUGACCGAUCCCUCUUGUUCUUUUUUCGCCUCUUCAUCCUCUUCCUCUUCUCUCUCAAUCAAUUUUUCGGCAUGUCUUUUAAGUCGGGAGCUUCCGAUCGAAGCGAGGGCUUUUUUUUUCUUUUCUCCUGCGAGUUUCAUCGCACGCAAGACGAACACCCCUAUCGGUCUUAGCCGCAGUGGAAUUUCGUGUUUUGCCAAACCAGAGAAAUGUAAAGCGAACUCAGUCUUUGGUUGGAGCGAUCUUCAAAUCUCGAUUUUCGACGUUUUAACUUUAAUGGCUAUCGUAUUACCUUUAACAUUAAUAAAUUUUAUAUAAAAAUCCAUAUACAUCCGCUAUACCUUGUACUUAAAGCGUGUCUCAACUAAAAUAAAAAACGGGUCGCCUCCCUCUCUUUACAAAUACAACUCACACUCUCUCUCUCUCUCUCUCUC